GCUGCGACCAGGCCGGCCCCACCUGACUCACGACCAAAUCAUUCACUGUCGUCUAUCCAUUCAUCAUUUCCACGCUUACGUUUUAAUAUUCUCCUCCUCAGUAGUGCGCGCAGUCCUGUGAUUUCUCCAACCUCCCCUUCCAGCCAUUGUUUGCACCAUCGAAAGAGUGUUAGGGAUGGGGUUUCUGAGGAAGGAGUACCAGUUCCUCUCGGAGAUUGGCCUCGGCCCACGGAAUCCCGGCUGCUAUCUGAACGGCUCAUGGAGAGGGAGCGGACCCUUGGUCGCCUCGUUGAAUCCCGCUAAUAACGAGGUUAUUGCCGAAGUGAUGGAGGCCUCAAUGGAUGACUACGAGGAAGGGAUGAAGGCCUGUUUUGAUGCUUCUAAGAUAUGGAUGCAGUUACCAGCUCCAAAGAGGGGCGACAUUGUUAGGCAGAUUGGAGAUGCAUUGAGAGCUAGACUCCAGCACCUUGGUAGGCUUGUCUCACUUGAGAUGGGAAAAAUAUUACCUGAAGGGAUUGGUGAAGUUCAAGAAAUUAUUGAUAUGUGUGAUUUUGCAGUUGGGUUGAGUCGGCAACUAAAUGGAUCGGUGAUACCUUCAGAACGUCCAAAUCACAUGAUGUUGGAGAUUUGGAAUCCCUUAGGUGUAGUGGGUGUUAUUACCGCGUUCAACUUCCCAUGUGCUGUGCUUGGAUGGAAUGCCUGUAUUGCGCUGGUAUGUGGAAACUGCGUUGUAUGGAAAGGUGCACCAACAACCCCACUAAUCACUAUUGCAAUGACUGAACUAAUUGCUGGAGUUUUGGAGAAGAACAAUUUACCAGGUGCUAUUUUCACAGCAUUUUGUGGAGGUGCUGAAAUUGGUCAAGCAAUAGCUCGCGACAUACGAUUACCUCUUGUAUCAUUUACUGGAAGUUCGAAGGUUGGCCUUAUGGUUCAGCAGACAGUUAAUGAGAGAUUUGGAAAAUGUUUGCUUGAACUUAGUGGGAACAAUGCAAUAAUUGUCAUGGAUGAUGCAGACAUACAACUUGCUGUCCGCUCAGUCCUGUUUGCUGCUGUUGGUACUGCUGGACAACGCUGCACAACUUGCAGGAGGCUGCUACUUCAUGAAGGCAUAUACCAAGAAUUUCUGGAUCAACUGCUUGCAGUAUAUCAGCAAGUUAAAAUAGGGGAUCCAUUGGAUAAUGGUACCUUACUAGGACCACUGCAUACUCCUGUUUCCAAGGAGAACUUCAUAAAAGGCAUCGAAGUCAUUAAAUCUCAGGGAGGAAAAGUACUUACUGGAGGAUAUGCCAUAGAAUCUAAAGGAAACUUUGUGCAACCUACAAUAGUUGAGAUAUCUUCUGACGCAGAAGUUGUCAAGGAAGAGUUAUUUGGUCCUGUCCUUUAUGCCAUGAAAUUCAAGACAUUGAAAGAUGCGAUAGAAAUAAAUAACUCAGUGCCUCAAGGUCUAAGUAGCUCCAUAUUCACUCGGAGGCCAGAGGUCAUCUUCAAAUGGAUUGGGCCACUUGGCAGUGACUGUGGCAUUGUAAAUGUUAACAUCCCAACAAAUGGCGCUGAAAUUGGUGGCGCUUUUGGCGGUGAAAAGGCCACUGGUGGUGGUCGAGAAGCAGGAAGCGACUCAUGGAAGCAAUACAUGCGACGCUCUACUUGCACAAUCAACUAUGGAAGUGAGCUGCCGCUAGCUCAAGGAAUCAACUUCGGGUAGUCCCAACUAUCUUCAGGUCAGCUUUUCUUUAUUCUUCAAUGAGCAAUACU